AUGGCCGACACAGAAAAUCAAUCUGAGGUUGACAACAAGCCGGCACCUGAACAAAAAGUAGAACAACAAAAGGAAAAAAAAGUUAUCGCGGCCCACGUUACAGGAACAGUAAAAUGGUUUAAUGUGAAAAGUGGAUAUGGAUUUAUCAAUCGCGAUGAUACAAAAGAAGACGUUUUUGUUCACCAGACGGCCAUAGUUAAAAACAACCCAAGAAAAUAUCUGCGAAGUGUUGGAGAUGGUGAAAAAGUUGAAUUUGAUGUCGUAGAAGGAGAGAAGGGAAAUGAGGCUGCCAACGUUACAGGCCCUGAUGGUUCACAUGUCCAAGGUAGUAAAUAUGCUGCUGACCGUCGCAGGUUCAACCGGGGUGGGUGGUACCCUCGUUACCGUGGAAGCGGGCGAGGAGGUAGACCACGACAGGAUUUCCAAGAAGACGAGGGACCCAUAGAUUAUCCUUCCCCAAGAGGCAGGGGCAGAGGUCGACCAUUUUUCCAGAACAGAAGAUAUUUUGGAGUCCCACAUCUUGGUGGUGGUGGAGGAAGACCAUUCUUGGAGGGUCAGGGAGAGUACCAGCUACAGCGUGACCAGGGAUACCGUGGCCGCAGACCUUUCUACCGUAGAUACUACGGGCCUCCAGCAUUCCGUGGCGGUUAUUAUGAUGGCUACUACGGAUACCAAGGUGGGCCAUCCAGAGGAGGACCUCGCCAACGGGGCCGUGGGCGUGGUGGCUACCGCCAGAGUAAACCAAUGUAUAACGAGGGCACCCAGUGA